AGCUGGUGCGGCUUUAUGAGUUUCCUGAUAACUGAGAGACGUUUUAAAAACAUCAGCCUCUCUAAAGCACCUGGGGAAGUGUCACGGUGAUACUACAUUAUAUUAGUCUGCCCUGUUCACCUGUAGUGUCUCUCCAGUGAGGGCUCCAGUUCAAACCUGUUAGGCCAACAAAAUAAAGAAUGAUACUGGCUGCAUAUUCUGGUCCAUGUACUGUAUGAAGUGGUGUGGAACUCGCAGGGCGGCAGUUCUCCCUGCAGGUCUGAAUAUCUCAAAUCCUUCUCCUUUCAGACAUCCUUACACCAGAAGACAUUGACAAGAUUUGGGAAAGAUUCUUGAAAGUUUGUCGUCGUUUGAGUAAAACUUCAGUGAGGGACAUUUGUUAAAAGACUCCAGUCUUUCAAGAAUCUUUCCCAAAUCUUGUCAAAUUCUCCUGAUGCAUGCAUGCAUUUGUUUGAACUGGAGAAGUAAAAGUGCAAGUUUUGUUUUUUUCACACUGUCUCAGGACCUCAGUUGGAGUUUAAAUGUCUAUAGGCUAUUGAUUAAUGUUGUUAAAAUGUUACCUUUGAAGUAUCCAGUAUCCAUGUAUUUCACAUGAAAAUACCUCAUCAGACUGUUUACCAUUAACAAUCGAUAAAAACGAAUAAGGGCCAAAGUUUACUCUUGCAAAUUUGAACCCUCCUCUGAUUGGUCAUCACUGCUGCUAAAAUUACGUGCCUAUAGGCAAUUUUAUUUCUCUCUCUCUCUCUCUCUCUCUCUCUCUCUCUCUCUUGACUGACUAAUAUCCGAUCUGGCUAUUUUGUGAGAAUGACAGGGGACCUGUCUCAUGAUUUUUGUAAUCUAAAUCACCCUCUCUCUCUGUCUAUUGAUUGAUAAAUUGAUUGAUUAGAAUGGAUUACCCUGUGUCCAGUCACGUGUCUCUGAAGGAUGAGGAGUCCGUUACCGGUACUCAUGGACAUCAAGUAUUCAGUGCUGGAUCACAGAAACACAGACCAGUGUCUCCAGUGCCCAGCUGUGUGUCCAUGAAGAGUGACCAGUCCAUGGAUCAGCCUCCCAAACUCAGUACUGAACCGCCCCAAUCAGAUAUGAAAUCACAGAAACACAGACCAGUGUCUCCAGUGCCCAGCUGUGUGUCUAUGAAGAGUGACCAGUCCAUGGAUCAGCCUCCCAAACUCAGCAGUGGACCGCCCCAAUCAGAUAUAAAAUCACAGAAACACAGACCAGUGUCUCCAGUGCCCAGCUGUGUGUCUAUGAAGAGUGACCAGUCUAUGGAUCAGCCUCCCAAACUCAGCAGUGGACCGCCCCAAUCAGAUACGAAGUGAAUUACAGUAUCAGAUUCUCCCCCCAGAUAUCCUUGCGUGUGUGUUGUCUUUGGUAUAAUUUGCCCUCAAUGGUGCCUUCCAGGCAGCGCUGCCUUCAAGGCACUACUCCCCUCAGUUUAGGGGUAGGAUGAGGGUUGAGGGGGUUAGGGUUAG